AUGGAGGUAGAGCAGUACCAUGUGGCUCAGCUGUAUAUGGUGGCAAAGUCUAGUCUGGAGGAUACUACUGGAGGGGCCGGUGUGGAAGUGGUCACUAAUGAGCCAUAUGAUGAUGGAGAGACCCAGGGUCAAUUCACCCACAAGCGUAUUUCUAUAGCACCGUAUUUGCCCUCUUGGGUCACCUCGUUGGUCAAUCCCGAUUGGCUGGUAUUCGAUGAGAAGAGUUGGAACGCCUUCCCGCGAUGCCGCACUGUCUACUCCUGUCCUAUGCUCAGCGAGUUCUCCAUGGAAAUUGACAGUAUGCAUAUCGAAGGCAACUGUACUGAUGAUAACGCGCUGAAAAUGGACGACACCGACCUAGCUAAACGGAAAAUCGACUUUAUUGAUGUCGUCAACGAUCAUAUAUCUAGUAAGGACUACAACCCUGAGGAGGAUCCCUCCAAGUGGCAUAGCGAAAAGCUCGGCAUAGGACCAUUGGGGCCGGACUGGAUGCAGACUAUCCGGCCCAUCAUGACGUGCUAUAAGGUGGGGUUUAUGAUGCAGAAUAGGGUAGAAAGCUUCAUUGUGAAGGCUACUAAGACUACCCUCUUUAAGUAUCAUCGAAAGUGUGUGUGUUGGGCUGAUGAAUGGGCAGGGUUGACCAUGGACGACAUUAGAUUGAUGGAGGAUAAGGUCCAGAGGAGGCUAAGGAAAUUCUGGCGGGACAAGAGAAUCGAGGAAGGGGUGGAGGUCCCAGACGAUUCCGACAUAAGUGAAGUGGAGGAGGGUGAGGAUACCCCAGAGGUGGAUGGGGAUGCCUCGCAGAAUAGCCCUGGAGGGAGGUCGCGUACUGCCAGCCGAAUGUCAAAUAAGGAUACCACUGGUCUGCUCAUGGUCUCCGCAUCACCGGUAGAUCCAGCGCGGACGAGUGUGAGUGCUAGUGUUAAUAAUAUCGACAUAUCGAUCAACGGGGCGAGCGCUAAAUCGAUUAGGAAGGCCGGACGGGAUGUGUUAAGGGCUGGAUCGUUGUUUAAGCUGGGAGAUGGUAUCAUCAAUACAAGUUGGAACGAGAGGUAA